AUGCCCAAGCGGCCCACGACGGCGUACUUGUAUUUCUGCGAGCAGGAGAAACCGAACCUCCGCCGCGAGUUCGAGAAGGAGUACCCGGAGCUUCCUGCGACCGAAUUUACCAAGUUGUUGGUCGAUACGUGGAAGAAGUUGGACCCAGCGGUCAAGGCUCCGUUCUUGAAGAAACACGAGCAGGACAAGGAGCGGUUUGCGCGCGAGUUGCUCGCCUACAACGAGAAGCGGCUGCUCAGAAAUAGCGAGGAAAACGGCCACGAUUCUGUCGAUGGCGGCGAGGGAGCAGGCGACGACGACGACGACGAGAACGAUGACCACAUGGGAGACGCAGACGACCACCUCAAGGCAGCGGCCUCAGGGAACUACGUGGCCCCAAACUACAAUUUUGCCCCGGCUGAUCUGCGGCCCGUGGUUUCUGCUGCCCAGAUUGAUCCUGGGUUGGCUCAAUCCACAAGGGAACAUGACCUGCCAUCUGCCAGGGAAGAGGAGGCCGCGGAGAUGCCUCCGGCCAAAAAGGCCAAGACCGAGACCACAACCCACUCUGUUGCGCAGGGCGCUAACGGACAACCUCGUUUUACCAUCAAAAUCCGCUCUCCCACAGCACCUACCCAGCAACAGGAUGCCAAAACCGAAUAG